AUGAGUGAAAAGAAAAGUUUAUUAAAAAAAUCAUGUUUAGAAGAUUUAAGUGCCGAAUUAUUAAUGUCAAUAUUUGAUUAUUUAACAUCUAUUGAAAUUUUAAUAUCAUUUUUUAAUUUAAACAAACGUUUUUGUUUAAUUAUUUAUUAUUAUCUUCAGUCAGGUUAUCGUUUAACACAAUUUCAUUUAAAUAAUACAAAUUAUUUAGCAUAUAAACUUUUUCAUAAGAAUAUUUUACCAAAUUUAAAAUCAACAAUAACAUCACUAGAACUAGGUAGUGAUUAUUAUUAUGGACAAAUUGAUUAUUUUCAUCAAUAUCAGUUAUUACGUCUUGAUUCACUUAAACUUCAUUUCAUUGAUCCAAAAAAUAUUACGGAAAUUCUUGAAAAAUUUCUUAAUUAUAAUCGUUUACAAUGGUUUGAUAAAAUAAAUUUAAUUAUGGAUGAAGAAAUAAUAGGAUGGAAUGAACAAAUACCUUUUUGUGUACAAAAUAUACCUGUUAGAGAGUUAAAAAUUACAGGUAAAGUUCCAUAUGUAUUCGCGCAACAUUUAAUGACCGGCUGUUAUUCAAUUACUCAUUUAACUAUUCAUUUAAAAUUUGAUCAUGAUCUUCUUCCUCUACUUUAUUAUUUACCAAAUCUAAUCGAAUGUAAUGUACAUGUCGAUGAUCGUGGUCGUGAUAUAUCUAAUAGUUUAACACUUCUUGAACCACUUCCUAAUUUAAAACAAUUCAAAUAUGAAGGACUUAUGCCAUCAUUCUAUUUACGACGAUUACUUCUUGAAAUUAAUAAACAUAUUGAACAUUUAUUUAUUUAUACUCAAGAUUAUCAAUGGCCAUUUCAUUCAACAGAAGCAUUUUCAUCGAAAUUCUUCGAUCUUCUCCAUGAUUUACGUACAUUUAAUUUUUACAUUCGUCUAAUUACUUCGGAAAGUUUUAAGAAUUUAACAACAGAUUUCAUCGAUACAAAAUAUUUAAUAAAAAAAAAUUUAUGUCAAAAUAUAGCAUAUGUUCUAUCAAACGAUAUAGGUCAAAUAUUUUCUUUACCAUAUGCAUUUAAACAUUUUGAAAUAUUUGAAAAAAAUUUUUUUAAUCAAAUUUAUUAUGCUGAAUAUGAAAAAGAAAAUAUUAACAUCAGUUAUUGGAAUAAUAUCAAACAUCUUACAUUACAUAUUAAUAUCUAUAAUUCAUUAUUACUUAAAUCAAUCAAAGAAACAUUUAUUAAACUGUAUUCAAUUAAUUAUCAAGUUCCAACUUUUAGUCUUACACCGCAAGAUAAUGAAUUACAUCAAUAUGAUGUUCAAUUUAAUAGUAUAAAGAAAUUAACCAUUCGUGAUAGUGUUAAACAUGGAUGUCAUAUUCCUCAACCACUUUUCCUACUUACAUCAAAUCUUGUUGAACUUGAUAUAGAUCAUUUCUAUUUAAUGCAAAUUAUAUCAAUUGUUAGUCAACAAACACAAUCUCGUAUUCUAUCCGCAUUUGCUCGACUUCGUCGUGUAACUGUUCGACAAUUUAAUGAACGUCUCACCGAACAUUUCUUCUCAUAUUUUUCUCAUAUUAAAAUCUUUGCUUUAAUAUUUGCAACAUAUCAAAUGCAAGUUUAUCGUACGAAUUUACCAUUUCUUAAUGAUCUUCUUAGUUCAAUACCAAAUUUAAUCAGUUUAAAAUUAGAACAUAUCAAAAGACCACAUGAAUAUCAUGCAUUUAUUGAAAUGAAAGAAAAUAUUGAAGGAAUAUUCUCGACAUAUUAUUCAAAAAAUAGUUACUGGUGUAAAUGGUAUGAUGAUCAGACACAAAAACAUAAUAAAUAUGCAACAUUUCUUUUUUCAACAUGA